AUGGCCGGGACGUACAGCUCCACUUUGAAGACGCUGGAGGACUUGACCUUGGACUCCGGGUAUGGGGCCGGGGACUCUUGCCUCUCGCUCAGCCUCUCGUCCUCCAAGUCCAACUCGCAGGCGCUCAACUCUUCGGCGCAGCAACACCGCGGGGCGGCCUGGUGGUGCUACUCCGGCUCCAUGAACAGCCGCCACAACAGCUGGGACACGGUGAACACGGUGCUGCCCGAGGACCCUGAAGUGGCCGACCUCUUCUCGCGCUGCCCGCGCCUGCCCGAGCUGGAGGAGUUCCCCUGGACUGAGGGAGACGUGGCCCGGGUCCUUCGCAAAGGUGCCGGCGGCCGGCGGCAGCCCCUCUUCUCCGCCGAGGCGGUCAGGCGCCUGGCCGGGCUGCUCCGCCGGGCGCUCAUCCGGGUGGCCCGCGAGGCGCAGCGCCUGAGCGUGCUGCACGCCAAGUGCACCCGCUUCGAGGUGCAAAGCGCCGUGCGCCUGGUGCACAGCUGGGCGCUGGCCGAGAGCUGCGCGCUGGCCGCGGUCAAGGCCCUGUCCCUGUAUAGCAUGAGCGCGGGCGACGGGCUGCGCCGGGGCAAGUCGGCGCGCUGCGGCCUCACCUUCUCAGUGGGCCGCUUCUUUCGCUGGAUGGUGGAUACCCGCAUCUCCGUGCGCAUCCACGAGUACGCGGCCAUCUCGCUCACCGCCUGCAUGGAGAAUCUGGUGGAAGAGAUCCGGGCCAGGGUGCUCGCCAGCCAGAGCCCCGACGGCGGAGGGGCCGGAGGCGGGGAGGUGUCCGCGGAGGCCCUGGAGAUGGUCAUCAACAAUGACGCCGAGCUCUGGGGGGUCCUGCAGCCCUAUGAGCAUCUCAUCUGCGGAAAGAACGCCAAUGGGGUCCUCUCCCUCCCCGCGUACUUCAGCCCCUACAACGGGGGGUCCCUGGGCCACGACGAGCGAGCUGAUGCCUACGCGCAGCUGGAGCUCCGGACCCUGGAGCAGUCCCUCCUGGCCACAUGUGUGGGGAGCAUCUCCGAGCUGAGUGACCUGGUCUCCCGCGCCAUGCACCACAUGCAGGGACGCCACCCGCUGUGUCCAGGCUCCAGCCCCGCCCGCCAGGCCCGCCAGCCACCCCAGCCCAUCACCUGGUCCCCCGACGCCCUCCACACACUGUACUACUUCCUGCGGUGUCCACAGAUGGAGUCCAUGGAGAACCCCAACCUGGACCCCCCGAGGAUGGCCCUGAACAAUGAACGGCCCUUCAUGCUGCUGCCACCGCUGAUGGAGUGGAUGCGUGUGGCCAUCACAUACGCGGAGCACCGCCGCAGCCUCACCGUGGACAGCGGCGACAUCCGGCAGGCGGCCCGGCUGCUGCUGCCCGGCCUGGACUGCGAGCCCCGGCAGCUCAAACCCGAAUGCUGUUUCAGUUCCUUCCGGAGGCUGGAUGCCCGAGCGGCUACUGAAAAAUUCAACCAGGACCUGGGCUUCCGCAUGCUCAACUGCGGAAGGACUGACCUCAUCAGCCAGGCGAUUGAAGCCUUGGGCCCCGAUGGGGUGAACACCAUGGAUGACCAGGGUAUGACGCCGCUGAUGUAUGCCUGUGCUGCUGGGGAUGAAGCCAUGGUCCAGAUGUUGAUUGAUGCUGGAGCCAACUUGGACAUCCAGGUUCCAAGCAACUCUCCCAGGCACCCCUCCAUCCACCCUGAUAGCCGGCACUGGACAUCACUGACAUUUGCUGUGCUGCAUGGACAUAUCUCUGUGGUCCAGUUGCUGCUGGAUGCUGGUGCCCACGUGGAGGGCUCGGCGGUGAACGGCGGCGAGGACAGCUAUGCGGAGACACCCCUGCAGCUGGCCUCUGCGGCCGGGAACUACGAGCUGGUCAGCUUGCUGCUUAGCCGGGGCGCUGACCCCCUCCUCAGCAUGCUCGAAGCCAACGGCAUGGCCUCCUCCCUCCACGAGGAUAUGAACUGCUUCAGCCACUCAGCCGCCCAUGGCCACAGGAACGUUCUGAGGAAGCUCCUGACGCAGCCACAGCAGGCCAAAGCAGACGUGCUGUCCCUGGAGGAGAUCCUGGCUGAGGGCGUGGAAGAGAGCGAUGGGUCUAGCCAGGGCAGCGGCAGCGAGGGGCCCGUGCGACUGAGCCGGACGCGCACCAAGGCCCUGCAGGAGGCCAUGUACUACAGCGCGGAGCACGGCUACGUGGACAUCACCAUGGAGCUGAGGGCGCUGGGAGUCCCCUGGAAGCUGCACGUCUGGAUCGAGUCUCUGAGGACGUCCUUCUCCCAGUCUCGGUACUCGGUGGUGCAGAGCCUCCUGCGGGAUUUCAGCUCCAUCAAGGAGGAUGAGUACAACGAGGAGCUGGUGACCGAGGGCUUGCCGCUCAUGUUCGACAUCCUCAAGACCAGCAAGAAUGACUCGGUCACGCAGCAGCUAGCGGCCAUCUUCACGCACUGCUACGGCAGCAGCCCCAUCCCCCGCAUCCCCGAGCUCCGCAAGACGCUGCCGGCCAGGCUCGAUCCUCACUUUUUGAACAACAAAGAGAUGUCAGAUGUGACCUUCCUUGUGGAAGGAAAGCUCUUUUAUGCACAUAAAGUCCUGCUGGUGACGGCUUCUAACAGGUUCAAGACGCUGAUGACCAAUAAAUCAGAGCAAGAUGGCGACAGCAGUAAAACCAUCGAGAUAGGCGACAUGAAGUACCACAUUUUCCAGAUGAUGAUGCAGUAUCUGUACUACGGAGGAACAGAAUCCAUGGACAUCCCCACUGGUGACAUCCUGGAGCUGCUGUCAGCAGCCAGCCUGUUCCAGCUGGACGCCCUACAGCGGCACUGUGAGAUCCUGUGCUCCCAGACCCUGAGUGUGGAGAGCGCCGUGAACACCUACAAGUACGCCAAGAUCCACAACGCCCCCGAACUGGCCCUGUUCUGCGAGGGCUUCUUCCUCAAGCACAUGAAGGCCCUGCUGGAGCAGGACUCCUUCCGGCAGCUCAUCUACGGCCGCAGCAGCAAAGUGCAGGGCCUGGCCCCGCUGCAAGACCUGCAGAGCACCCUGGCCGAGCGCGUGCACUCGCUGUAUGUCACCUCUCGGGUGUGA